GUGCCCUGGGGGGGUGACAGCCCUGUCCCCAGGGAGGUGACGGCCCUGUCCCCCCAGAGGUGUUCCCGCCACAGAUGGAGGGAGUGAAGCUGAUCGUCACCAAGACCCUGAGCAGCCACUUCCAGGUGACACACACAGUGCACAUGAGCACCCUGGGCCCCUCUGGGUACCGCUUCAAUGCCACCUUCGUGGGGGACCGGCAGCUCAGCCCCACCGAGGUGUUCCCCACCCUGGUUGGGGACAUGGACAGCGCCGGGAGCCUCAACGCGCAGGCCCUUCACCUGCUUGGAGAGCGGCUGCGGGUCAAGGCCGUGUUCCAGAGCCACCAGGCCAAGUUCGUGACGUGGCAGUUCGACGGCGAGUACCGCGGCGACGACUGCACGGCCACGCUCACGCUGGGCAACCCCGACCUGCUGGGCGGCUCCGUGAUCGUGGUGGCCCAUUUCCUGCAGAGCGUCACCGCCCGCCUGGUGCUGGGGGGGGAGCUCGUGUACCACCGGCGCCCCGGCGAGGAGGGGGCCAUCCUCACGCUGGCGGGCAAAUACACGGCCCCUAAGUGGGUGACGACGCUCAACGUGGGCUACGGGGGGGCCCACGCCAGCUACUACCACCGGGCCAACGAGCAGGUACAGGUCGGGGUGGAGCUGGAGGCCAACACGCGGCUGCAGGAGACGACCUUCGCCUUCGGGUACCAGCUCAACCUGCCCCGCGCCAACGUCGUCUUCAGAGGGCUCCUGGACAGCAAUUGGAGCGUGGGGGGGGUGCUGGAGAAGAAGUUGCCCCCCUUGCCCGUCACGCUGGCCCUGGGCGCCUUCCUGAACCACUGGAGGAACCGGUUCCACUGCGGCUUCAGCGUCACCGUGGGCUGAGGGCACGGGGGGCACGGGGGGCAUGGGGGGCACUGUCCUGCUCAGGGAGCCGCCGGGCCUGGCCCUGGGGGGGCCACAGGGCCACCACGGCCUUGGGGACACCGUGUGACAGCACAGGGGGGGAGCCUGUUGUCCCCGGUGCCACCCCGUGGGGGUGGCUGCUGCCACGGGUCCCCGGGGAGGGACCGGGGGUCCCCGUUGUCCCCACGGUGCCACCCGGCCGUGCCUCAGUUCCCCCCCCCCCAGGUGACACACGGGCUGGCUCCGGAGGGGCCUGGCUGAAUAAAGGAGCUUUACUCUGUC